CCCUACUAACGUGUUCGGAACAUAUUCUUUAUCGGUGUUAAGUAGAGCGUAAAAUUAGAAACUAUCGAAUGAAAUAUAAUCUCGCUGCUCCGAGACUCCAACGCGAGCUACCUGAGACCCGGUGAAUUUUCUACCGGAUAUGGAUGUGCUUUAAGGAAUUCCAGUGCUAAUUGUACUUUUUGGGAAAUUUGAGUGAUUCACCACCCUUUGAACAAAGGUAUAUUAAUUGAGGCCACGUCAAAGGAAUCCUAGAUUUACCAAGAGACCAUAUGUUUUAAUUGCUGCCCAUCAAAUAGUACAGUGUCUUUGUGUAAAUUACGGAAUAGUCAUGGCUCGGUCUCAGGCCCAGGACAUCAUCCGAUGUCAGUACUGUGAGGAGGAGCCUGCUCUGUUCCAAUGUGUUCCCUGUGGAGAUGAAUUCUGUUCUCGCUGUAAAACAUUUCAUCUUAAAAGCAAGGUUCCCUCUGGACACAACAUCAUCCCUAUAUCCGAGAGACUCCACCCCACCAACAUGGUCAAAAUGUGUGAAAGUCACCCGUCCAAACCAUAUGAUGCUUGCUGUGAAAAUUGUCAAGUUCCGGUCUGCAUUUUAUGCAUUCAAGAGAUUCAUAAUACACACAGAAUUGGGAAAAUGCAGGAUAUGUACGAGAAACAAAAGGCUGCAGCCAUAAAAGAACUGUCUGAAAUGAAAACACAAAGGAGAGCGGAUGUCAUACAAAGGAUAAAAGAUGUCGAAAAUGGAGAAUCACGGAUAAAGACCAGCCACCAAAAUCUGAGGAGGGAAAUGAAGAGACAAGCCAAAGAUUUUAUAGAUCAUAUCAAUGCAAUUUUGAAUGAAGGUCUAGACGAGUCAGAGUCAGACGAGAAAAAGAAGCUAGAAGAAUUAUCACAACAUAAAGCCGAGUUAGAAGAAUAUAAACAGAACCUAGAACAUGUCAUUGAAAAUCUAGAAGACCUUACAGAGUCAAGUCCUCCUGCUGACCUCAUCUUGUACCGGAAACAAAACCCUGACGUGGUCAAACACUUAAAAUUUCCAGACACAGUAGUAACUACUGAUCCCACGUUCACGGCGGGCCAGUUCAACAAAACUUUGAACAAGAAACAGUUUGGACAAAUGACCAAAAGUAAACUUACUCGAGGUAAGACAGAUGAUAAAACCCAAUACACAGAAACAAAAGAGAUAGAAUCCCGACCCAUCCAAUGUAGGCAGAUGAUAAGACAGAAUACACUCAAACGACAAUGACGGAAACCUCUAAAAUUGGAAAAAGCGGGAAAAGAGUUACGAAAAAUAGUGUUAGUCAAUUUUAUGAAUUUCUUCAAAAAAAUCAUUAUUGAUCAAAACGGUAUUACAACAGGCAGUCCAGCUAAGUGAAAUAAAACCUGACAAGAAAGAGUUACGUCACGUGGCGUGCUUUGGAAAUGAAAGAUCAUACAUCAGUGGGAGUGGGUCUGGGAUAAUUUUGAUUGACGGGUCAAGUACACACUUGGACACGAUUACUACAUCUAAAGAACCUUCUGGCCUGGCUGUGAUGAAGGACGGGAGUCUGAUUUAUUCUGUCCGCAAUCAUGGUGCCAUCUACCGAGUGUUUCCCAAUAAACAGGCAACUAAACUUGUAAAAACUCGGGGCGAACCUGUAGGUCUUUGUCGUACCAGAUCGGGAGAAAUCCUGGUCUGUCUGUUUAGUGAUUUUGGUAAUUGGAAUGCUAGAGUUACAGUGGUUCGGUACAACUGCAGCGGUGAGAAGAUCCAGGAGUUUAAAAUAUUACAAUGUAAUAAUUAUAUGUCACCAAGCAAAUGGCCUGUCUGUGAGAAUGUGAAUGGUGAUAUCUGUACUGGUUAUAUAUAUGUAUUUAGUCGUAGCAAUAGAGUAGUGGUAUAUGACAAGUCUGGGAAGUUUCGCUUUCAUUAUGACGGGCGAGGUGGGACUCAGAAGUUUGAUCACCUUAAGCCACGUGGUCUGGCCAACGACAGCCUGGGUCACAUCCUCAUCUCAGACAACGCUAACAAUGUCGUGCAUCUUAUUAGCCAGGACGGGGACUUCAUCGCCUAUAUCCUAACAAAGGAUGACGGGAUAGCAUGUCCGUGGGGGAUCACUGUGGAUCAGUCCGACAACGUGUGGUUGGUAGAACAUAAGAGAGCCCUCGUAAAAGUGUAUCAGUAUAUGUUGUAAAUUUGACCUUAAUGUAUCAUACUAUCAAUACAGAUAUAUGUAUCAUUAUAUACUGUUAGUAGUUUGACGUAAUCUAUUUAAAAAUAUACAUUCCGUUAUCCGUUAGCAUUCCCACAGCCUGUGCAUUGUAUUGAGACGGUAUCAUUUCAUGCUAUUGAGGUUAUCGUUAUUAGUCCGAUCAGUGUCUUAGGGCAAAAGAGAGAGGGGGUACUUCAUUUAUGACAAAACAUGACCGGAUAUCAUGUUCAUAGGGGGAUCCCUGUGGACCAGUCUGACAACCUGUGGCUGGUAACGGACAACUGUGAAAAAGUGAACAAGUUCAUGUAGAAACGGUUGACAGUAGUAUUUCAUGCAAGUGCCACAUUCAAUAUUUGUGUCUUACCUAAUAUAUAGAAUUGUAGAAUUUUCAUCCUUUGAAGAUACGCAUUCAUGCAUCAAAGAAAAGAAAAUACGACGAAUUACGCCACUUGCAAAUUAGAAGAAGGGGGGGGUUAAUUAAUUUUAUUAAUGAUAUCUGUAAAGUUCAAUGAAUUCAAAUUAGAUGAUUACAUGUGUAUUUUGUAUAGAUUGUUUAUUCAAACAAUCAGUUCAAAAUUCAAUGUACACAAAUUUCCAGUCGACUGAAAUUGAACAUCGCGACAAUGAAAAGGUGAAGAUAACGAGCAAUGAGCAAUCUCAUAACUCCUACAAGGAAUACACAAAAUUAAGAGAAGGGAAACCCGGACUUUUAUGUCAGUAGUCUACCUUAGCGUAACAUUGUUUUACGUCGGGAUAUACAGGAAGAGUAGAUACUGCUGAAUAUGAGUUGUAGUCUCUUUGUUUUGGUAAAUACUAAUGUUAAAUUGGAAAUACAUGUAUACAUUUCAUGCGUAUUGAAAACGAGAUUAAAUUUCCCCAGUAUGACUCAUAAUUUGAGCGUCGCCUAUAGGCGGGACCCUCUAGUGAUCAGUCUGUUCUGUUGGGGUGGGGGGUGGGGGCUAUAGUGAUCAGUCUGUGUCUGUAGGCGGGGCCCUAUAGUGAUAAAUCUGUUCUAUAUGCGGGGCCCUAUGGUGAUCAGUCCAUCUUGUAGACGGGGACCCUAUAGUGAUCAGUCCGUGCCUAUAGGCAGGAGUUCUAUAUUGAUCCGUCAGGCAGAAACCCUAUAGAAACUAGUCUGUCCUAUAUGUGGUAGCCUUAUAUUGAUUAGUUCAGACGGGGGCCUUAUUUUGAUCAGUUCAGGCGGGGGCCUUAUAGUGAUCAGUUCAGGCGGAGACCUUAUGGUGAUCAACCCAUGCCUAUAGGCGGGGCCCUAUAGUGUUCAGUCCGUGCCAUAGUUAGAGACCCGAUACUGAUUAGUCCGUGCCUAUAGGCGGGAAUCCUAUAGUGAUAAGUCAGGCGUGAGCACUGUAAUAUUUACAGGCACUUAAAGUAUGAAUACUAUUAUCCCUUAUACGGCACGGUAUGUAACAACGUAACAGUAUGUAACAAUUUGUUACUAAGCGUAGCACGAAUGGCGACACUAUGUAACAACUUUAUUGUUACAUAGCAUCGCCAUUCCUGCUACGCUUUGUAUCAAAUUGUUAUAUGUAACAAAUUGUUAGAAACCGCGCGGGGAAUGCACCGUUUUGGGUGGUUCCGAAAGAAAAAAAACCCUAAAAUUUUGUAGAUUCCUUUUAAUCGUUGUGUUUGUGAGUAGGUAUACUAUGUAUGUGUGUCGUCCACUCUCAACCUGUUCAAGUCGAUACUAAAACCACAGAAGUACUAAAACCACAGAAAUACUAAAACCACAGAAAUACUAAAACCACAGAAAUACUUAGAUACCUCUUCAAUAUGGGGGUUUGAAGGUUAUGCUUAAAAAGCACUAGGGUAGUGCAUAACAGGCAUCCCGCCUAUUGCACAAUAAUCCCCAGGCUUCUCUCUUUCUCUCUCUUCCUUUGUUCUUUUCAUUUAUAUCACUUGGUUUUCCCGCGCUCUCUGCAGCCCCUCUCUCUCUCUCUCUCUCUCUCUCUCUCUCUCUCUCUCUCUCUCAUUCUCUUGGCCAAUGUACAAUGGAAUCAUGCAUUCCAUCACCCCCCCCCCUCUCUAAAUGUCAAGGCAAGGAAUGCCCCCUCUCUCUAAAUGUCAAGGCAACCAAAGAACGUAACUAUAUCUAUGUAUCUAGCUACUUAUCUAUCUAUCUAUGUCAAUGAAUCAUAUUAAUCAUUGAAUCAAUAUUUUGUUUUCAUUGUCAAACUAUUGUUGAAGAUGAAAAACAUUUUUUACUUGAUUGUCCUGUGUAUGAACAUAUUAGAAAAAUGCAUUCAAAACUACUAGAUAUUAAUACCUUAUUUUGUUUACUAAAUCCACAUAACCUUGUAUCUACAAAACAAACCUGUCUAUACAUCAGAGACUGUUUUAAUGUUAGAAAUAAGUUUUCAACAGUUUGAUAUUUUGUAAUGUAUCAAUAUAUAUGUGUAUCUAUGUAUGGCUAACAACACAUUCUUAUAUAAUGUGCUUUAGUGCCAAUAAAGAAUUGAAUUGAAUUGAAUUGAAUAAAUCUACCACAUUCA